UCUCAGAUCCUGCUCGUGGACCGUAGCCCCCUAAUCCCUGUAGUGGGUGUUAUCAUGUUAUGUUCAGUUCAGCACGAGGGUAGAAAAUAGCACUAAGAGUAAAGCUGAGCUGAUUUCACCAUCAGGAUCGUAUAAAUUCAAGGAAAAUGGAGGUGGCAAAAAAUUCAAGUAAUCCAGCUGUGAAAAGGAAAGCUGAAGAAGUAACUUCAAUGGAGGUGGAAGAAAAAGAUGUCAAGAAGCCCAACUUCCCACCUGCCAGCAAAGAACAGACUGUCACAAAAGAGAUCCGGAAGAUUCAUGUCCCAAACAACAGGUAUACCCCACUUAAAGAUAACUGGGAAAAGCUUUACUCACCAAUUGUAGAAUAUCUCAAGCUCCAAAUAAGGUUUAAUUUGAAGACAAGGAAUGUUGAAAUCAGAACUGGUCCAGAAACAGAAGAUCCUAACAGUAUGCAGAAGGCAGCUGAUUUUAUUCAAGCAUUUGUUUAUGGAUUUGAUGUUGAGGAUGCCUUGGCUUUGGUCCGUCUGGAUGAUCUCUACCUUGAGACUUUUGAUGUUAAGGAUGUUAAACAGACUCUACAAGGGGACCAUCUUUCUCGUGCAAUUGGACGGAUAGCUGGUAAAGGAGGCAGGACCCGUUACACCAUAGAAAAUGUGACUCGCACACGUAUAAUUCUUGCAGAUUCUCGCAUUCAUAUUCUAGGUUCUUAUCAGAACAUCCAGGUUGCCAGAAGAGCGAUAUGUAAUCUUAUUCUUGGAAGCCCUCCGUCUAAGGUAUUUGGAAAUCUCAGAGCUGUUGCAGAGAAGAUCAAAGAUAGACUUUAGUUCCAGUUAUAAGUAGUUUUGGUUAUGUUUUCCAAAGAUGUUCAUAUUAUUGUAAGGUGUUCUGAUAUUUGUGGAAGUUUUAUACAAUAUACAAAAUAUAUAUUUAAAUUUUUCCUUUUGUUACAUGAAAUUAACCCUCUUAUCUACCAUGUCCACAAUUAUACAACUGAUUGUAAUUGACCUGUAAAGAGAGAUUUCAGAAUUUGAGUGAGGAAUUGAUAACCAAGUAAUUUAAAGAGAUUUUCUGUAUGAACGAAUUUCUCCUUCUAAAGAUGACAAGAAGGUCAAUUUCAUUUCCUGAAUGUUCAGUAUUGUCCUGAAAUAAGUAAAAAAGAAAAAUUUUAAACAUAUUUUUAAAACAUUUUUUUUUUAUGUACAAAAUCAUACUAUGGUGACUUCUUUAAAAUGUUUUACCUCCACAUUUAUAAAAGAAUGACUAAAUUGAAUUACAUUCAUAGUUUGGUUUUUGCAUCUUAGAUUAAUUCCUACAUGAAAUUUGUUUCCACAGAAGUCACGAAACCAAAUUGAGUUUGAACAUUUUCUUUGGCACUUUUAUACUUGGGAAUGCUGGAAUCUAUAUCAGCACUUUUUUCAUAUUUGGCAUGCUGGAAUCAUAUUUUUGGUUAAAAAUUUGCUUUAGAAUACUGUGAAUUAAAUUAGCAGAGUAUUAUUACAUGAUGAAAGACAGUUUCUUGAUAGUUAAAUUUUUCCAGCAUGGUAUUCAGUAUUUACCGCAACCUUGUCAUAAUUUUGGAUUGAAUAAUAUAGGCUAUCCUGGACUGUACAAUUAUUUUAAUUUCAUCAACAAUUUUCUUCAGAUCAUAAAAAUUAUAAUUUAAAUACUACUAUUCCUCAUUUUUGUGCUCUCCACACUCAAAUCUAAUAAAAUCUACUACUUC